AUGACAAUAUAUGUAACGGAAUGGCGUACGAAAUUCCGUCGGGACAUGAAUGAAAAGGAGAAUGCCAGCAGUGCCAUCGCAACGGAUUCGUUGUUGAACUACGAGACGGUAAAAUACUACGGCAAUGAAGUAUAUGAAGUGGAUCGUUUCCGAGUCGCCAUCGAAAACUUUCAGUUGGCAGAAUGGCGAUCUAAUGCAUCAUUGGCAUUGCUGAACUUCCUACAGAACGGCACAAUUGGUCUCGGAAUGACAGCCGGUUCUGUACUUGUCGCUUAUUUGGUCACCGUUGACCACGAAUUGACAGUAGGAGAUUACGUUUUAUUCACUACAUACAUUCUUCAAUUGUAUUCUCCACUGAACUUUUUUGGGACAGUGUACAGGACAAUUCAAAAGUCUUUCAUUGAUAUGGAGAAUAUGUUUGAUUUAAUGAACGAAGAAGUCGAUGUACGAGAUAGUCCAAAUGCAGUUGAAUACCAUCCGACUAGUGGACAGAUUAUGGUGAAGGGGCUCACAUUUGCCUACAACGAAAACAGAGUUGUACUGAACGACAUCUCGUUCGAAGUGGGCAGUGGACAGUCUAUCGCAUUCGUAGGCCCAUCAGGUGGAGGAAAAAGUACAUUGAUCCGCCUGCUGUUCCGUCUCUUUGACUGUCCUGAAGGAACAAUAUUCUUUGACGGAAAGGAUAUACGCCAUUUGAAAUUGCGGUCAUUACGAAAACAAAUCGGUAUUGUACCGCAGGAUACGGUGCUAUUCAAUGACACCAUUCGGUACAAUAUUCGCUUUGGUCGUCCGUCAGCCACAGAUGAAGAAGUUUACGAGGCUGCAAAGGCUGCAAUGAUCCAUGACAAAAUUAUGACUUUACCUGAAGGUUAUGAAACGUUGGUCGGUGAACGGGGAUUAAAACUGUCAGGUGGUGAGAAACAACGCGUCGCGAUUGCACGGACCAUACUUAAAAAGCCACAGUUUAUAUUUUUGGAUGAGGCUACAUCCGCGCUGGAUACGCAUACUGAGCGUGCGAUCCAACGAUGUUUGGAAGAGCUGUGUGCCAGUCGAACGGGAGUCGUCGUCGCCCAUCGAUUGAGUACUGUAGUGAACGUUGACUGUAUUAUGGUACUGCAGAAUGGUCGAAUAGUGGAACGAGGACGGUAA